GUUCAGGUUGUUUCCGCGAUGACUUUAUAUUUCGAAUACCCCGUCUUGUUUUCGGAAUCGGGAAAUGUGUCCAUCGAUGUAAUUUGGCAUCCAAAUGAACCGCUCCUUGCAGUUGCUAGUUUUUCACAGGACAGAGGCGGUUUCGUCACAAUUUUCGAUGAACUGGGUGAAUCUUUGAAAAAUGUUAUAUUUCCGGUGCACAGAAGUUAUCAGGUCACUUCUCUCGCGUGGCAUCCGGAAAAAACUGUUUUGAUUACUGGUUGGGAGAAUGGGGAGUUACGACUUUGGGAUGGCACUGAAAAAGAGUUUUUCAACAUCACAGGGCUGCACAAAUGCCCAGUUAUUUUGUUGGAGUAUAGCGAAAAAGGUGGACGGCUCGUUUCUUGUGACUCUACCGGUUCUAUUGUGGGUUGGAAGGUGGACUCAAAGGGUCAGAUAAAUACGGCCUUUCACCUCGACUUGAAGGAGCAAAUAACACAUCUCACAUUUCGACUGACCGUUAAGCCCCAUCCGGACUAUGACGUCGAAGGACUGGCUCGUGCCGCUGUCAACGGCGACGAGCAUGCCCUCGACAUGUUCAGCAAUUGGCGUCCCAAAACGACCGCUCGAAAAUUCCGUGUGCAGGACGGCAUCGACAAUUUAUGUUUUUAUGUUGCCACUCAGGUCGGUUCGGUUUAUUACGUAAACGGAGCCGGGUCCUGCUCCGAGGUGCUGAAUACUGAGGGUAUUCCACUGACUUAUGUCGUAUACCAUCCAAUAAAGGACUCGUUGGUUAUUAUGAUGGAGGGUUUGACUAUUGGACAUUUUUCCGUCGAUUACCAGGGUCAUUUGACUGAAUUGGCUAAAGUUAAACUUAGUGGCAGGAUGCAAACAAGAAGUAUUGGCAGUCAAGGUUUAGUUUGGAUCUCCAAUAGCGCUUUGGCGAUUCUCACAGGGGAAUUAACUGUACGAGUGUGGGACAUCGAGACUAACGAUAACUACGUUCUGCCCACAUCCUUAAAACUCUACGCUACUGAUGAAAAGACGGCUACUCUGCAUGAAAUUUUUACUUGUUUAGCUUAUUGUAAAAUGAAUCAAACUUUAUGUGCUGGUACCAACACUGGAAAAGUAUACUUUUGGUCCAAAAGACAAAUUGUGGAAGAACUGGAAAAUCCUGAAGAACUGUGGGAAUUAAACAACAUUAAUACAAUUAGCGGAACCGUAAAGCAGAUCAUGUGGGGUUCCAUGCUUUUAAGACAACCACUUUUAACCUUAAACUGUGUUACUACAGUUUUCAUUAUGAAAGAACAGACAAUUUCCACUUGUUACUCUAAUAAAAUUUGGGGCAUACAAAAAACCGCCUCUCAGAUCCUGCUGGAAAGCGAGAAUGGCAACACUCUAUUAAAAUUAGACAACCAAAUAACUGAUAUGGCUGCCACAAACGACCACAUAGUCUUUACUAACGGCAGAUCCAUUUCCGUUUAUCAAGUUUUUUGGAAAUAUCUGGACAAUCACUACGAAUUAAAUACAAAACUGAGUAAAGAUGUUGAUGAAAAUUUGGACUUUACCGUCAAACACCAGUCGACCAUCAAAUGCGAGAAUGAAGGGGUGGAAGUCUCCGGUAAACAAGUCGUCGCAUUAACACAAAAAGGUGUGGUGAUUCGUUCAUUCAACAUGUCAAAUUCCACCACCAUCACCUCCACUACUAUGGAAGGUGAACCGAUUGGUAUCAAUGUGACAGGGAAUUACCUUACGAUUUUCACCAUCGAAGGAUUUUUAAAAGUCUAUGACUUAAGUGGAACCGAACCAAAAUUGGUGACACCAAUAAAAAAUUUGGCCGAGUCUGUCCCUGAUUUCGGUGAAGUAAUCCAAGCUAAAACCAACUCUGACGGUACAAAAGUGGCAUUGACAAUCGCUGGUACUAAUCUAAUACCAAACGGUAAACUGUUCAUUUGGGAUAUAGAAAGUGACCGCAUGACUAGCUACAAUUUUAAAAAAAUUCAAAAUGAGUCUGGAGAAGAUGAUGAGGAGGAAGAAAAGUUGGGGGAGAAGACACUUUUCGAUGAAAUAUGCGCUGGAAGAGUUCCUUUGGCUGUGAAUUGGGAUAAAGAAGAUCCCAGAUUGUUGGUAUGUGAUGCUAAGAAAUUAAAGAGCAACAGUAGGAGAAAGGGGUUUGUUAAAGUUGGACGAUCCAUAUCAAAUGCAGGAGAACAAAGAACCUUAAAGGACGAAGAUCACGUAUUAAUUACGAUGUUCAUCUCAUCAGAAAACAGCUUAAAAAUGCAUGAUAUCAAAGCCUUAGAGCCUGAAACUCAACUCUUGGCAGUUUCAACUCCUUACAUCGCUCUGCUGCAAAAGCUGAGCAUUGUAAGGGAAACUAUGGGCGAUUUUGUCGGUUUAGAAAAUUGUGACAAUGCCACCAGACAUGCCGUAUUAGAUUUCAGUUACAAUUUAAGUUUAGGUAACAUGGAUGCGGCAUUUAAGUCAAUAAAAUUAGUAAAAAGUAGUGGUGUUUGGAAUAGUCUGGCCCGUAUGUGCGUCAAAACUCGCCGCUUGGACGUAGCAGGGGUGUGCUUGGGACAUAUGGGAAACGCUCAAGCUGCACGUGCACUUCGACUUGCGAUUGCCGAUCAGACACUUCCCCUUGAAGCUAAAGUAGCCGUUUUGGCCGUUCAUUUAGGAAUGCUAGACGAAGCCGAACAGUUAUACGUGCAAUGCAAUAGAUACGACCUGUUGAACAAGUUGCUAAGGAGCAGGAAUAAAAUGGAUGCGGCACACGCAAUUGCAGAGUCAAAGGAUAGAAUACAUUUGAGAAAUACGGAGUACGCGUGGGCCAAAAUUCUCGAACAGAAUGGCGAGAUCAAGGAGGCAAUCUCUAGAUUCGAAAAGGCCAAUACUCACAAACAAGACGUUCCGAAAAUGUUGAUUGAUCAGCCGCAACUUCUACAAACAUAUAUGGCUAAAACUAAAGACCCGGAUUUGUUGAAGUGGUGGGGACAAUAUGUGGAAUCUCAAGGAGACAUGGCAACUGCUUUAAAAAUUUACGCUUCUGCCGGUGAUGUUUAUUCCCAAGUAAGAGUCUUGUGUUUUCUUGGAGAAGAAGAGAAAGCAGCCGAUUUGGCACGGGCCAAUUCGGAUAAAGCCGCUUUCUAUCACAUGGCCAGGUAUUACGAAACUGUCGGUAACUACGAGGAUGCUGUUUUUUUCUUCACCAAAGCAACAGCUUAUGGAAACGCUGUUAGAUUGUGCAAAGAGAAUAACAUGUCCGAGGAGCUGUGGAAUUUAGGUUUCAUUGCGACACCAAGAGACAAAAUUGAGUGUGCGAAAUACUUCGAAGAAGGUAACGAACUAAGCAAAGCCGUCGUAUUAUAUCACCGCGCUGGCAAAUUACACAAAGCUUUGGAUUUGGCCUUUAAAACCCAGCAAUUCGAUAUUCUGCAACAAAUUGCCACAGAUUUGGACGCCACCUCGGAUCCGGCUCUAAUAGAAAAAUGCGCUGAGUACUUUGUCACCAACGAGCAGUUCGACAAGGCCGUUGAUUUGUUGGCGAUGGCUAAAAAGUACACUGGAGCCAUAGAAUUGUGCCUAAAGCAUAAUGUAAUGCUUAAUGAAGAUCUGGCUGAAAAAUUGACGCCGGAAAAAGAAUUGUUAGAUGAGGAGACUAGGACAAAAGUAUUAGAAGACUUGGCUGAAAGUCUUAUGGUACAAGGGAAUUAUCAUUUGGCAACUAAGAAAUUUACACAAGCUGGAGAUAAGAUUCGAGCGAUGAAAGCUUUGUUAAAAUCUGGUGACACUGAAAAAAUUGUUUUUUUCGCAAGCAUUUCAAGGCAAAGGGAAAUUUAUAUUAUGGCAGCCAAUUAUCUUCAGUCCUUGGACUGGCAGAACCAACCAGAAGUAUUGAGGAACAUCAUCGUUUUCUAUUCAAAAGGCAAAGCUUUGGAUCUUUUGGCGAAUUUUUAUGUUGCUUGCGCCCAGGUUGAAAUUGACGAGUUUCAGAAUUAUGAAAAGGCUUACGGAGCUUUAACGGAAGCUGCAAGAUGUUUAUCUAAGAUUACACAACCAAAAGAUGUUUUUCAACAUCAGAGAGCCGGAGAAAUAGUUCAACAACGUUUGACUUCAGUUAAGAGAUUUGUCGAUAUUAGACGCUUAUUCGAAAGAGGCGAUUUACAAGCUGGAAUGACACAGUGUCAACAGCUGUUGACAAUGGGAGGAAAAGAACUGGAAGACUCAGUCAGAAGAGGCGACAUUUAUGCGCAAAUGAUACAGGAAUUAGUCAAAGUUGGAAAGUUUCUUGAAGCUAAAGAAUUAACGUUGGAAUUGAAGCAAUAUCUCUCAGAAGGUGGAUCUCCUUUAACGUACUAUCUAGGAAAAGAAGUCAUUGAAACGUUAGCUAAAGGUUUGGGUGUGUCAGUUAAUUUCUUUCUCCCGCCUAGUGUGAAAGUUACUGAAGACGAUAACGAUACUGAAACAGUUGAUGAAGUUUUGGAAGAGUAAUUUGUUGUAUAUUUAAAUUAUUUAUUAAGUUUAAUAAAUUUAGAAUAUGUA